AUGUCUAAAGGGGGUGGUGGUUCCGUUUUCAGCAACAUUGGAAGUAGCACAGAAGCCCAAACUGGUUUUAAUCAGGGCCUUACAUCAGUGGCCGAUGAGACACACAUUCAUCUCCAUACGCCUAGUAAUCAUCUGACGGCUCAUGGAAAUCUUCAGUCAAAGUCUCGCGAGAAUAAAAACCUCCUGACAGCCAUGGGAAUCACCCCGAAUCGGUCUAUAAGUCCGUCCGAAAGUCAGAAUGAAUUUUUCGGUGACUCCUCUGUGGCAUCAUUGCUGAGACAAAUCAAUGUCUCCGUAACCAGCAAACCGGCGAGUGCUGCAACUCCAAGCUCUCCAAGAAUGGCAGAAAAGUCUGAUUCGGCUGUCAAUCCGUACGAUCUGCCAUCCCGCCAAAUUGCAGACUAUUUGUUGGAAUGUUACUUUGACAAAUUUCACACCCUCUAUCCAUUCAUCCACAGACCCUCCUUUCUUCGUGCCUAUCAUAAUCUCUGGGAGCCGAAGGCCGUGACAGACGUGGAGUCUUUAACUCGGAUUGGCUUUGGCUUAAGCGACCCCGGUGUGCAGUCGUCGACAUUUCUCUGCGCUUUGAAUAUCAUCCUAGCUCUUGGCUGUCAAUUCUCCCAGCUGAACCAUGCAACCCGUGAAGCUACAUCUGAGGAAUUCUUCCAACGCUCCCAGAAAUACCUAAGUAUCGUUACUAUGGACAAGGGUGAUCUGGCCCUCGUACAAACCCUUCUUCUAACUGCAACAUAUCUGCAGGGAGGCGAGUCUCCCUCGAAAUGCUGGAACAUUAUCGGGCUGGCAUGCAGGGUCGCCCAGGGAGUGGGUAUGCAUUCAUUGAAAGCAGAUCGGAAUCGAUCAUCUGCUGAAAUCCAAAUGAGGAGGCGUGUUUGGCAUGGCUGCGUCAUGUUUGACUUAGCCAGUAGUAUGAUGCUCGGUCGUCCUCCUAUGACCUACAGCUCUCCAGUACCCCUUCCAGAAGCUCUUGAUGAUGAAUAUCUACACUCCCCUCAGCUCCCACGAAAUCACGGGGUCUCUCGGGCCGAAUUUUACAUACAGACCCUGCAGUUACACACAAUCCUCAGAAAGAUUUUACUGGAAGUUUACGAGCCCUUGGAGAACUCCAGUCCUCCUUAUCCACUAGAUUAUCUCAAAACAGACAAUUAUCACGCCCAGACUCUUAUGAAAUUAGAUGCAGAGCUCUUAGCCUUCAAGUCACAAAUCCCGACAGCCUUGCAAUGGAAUAAGCAAUCAGCCAGUGACCAAUUCCGUCGCGAAAGUAGUCUACUGCGAGCACGAUUCCUCCACUUACGAACCCUACUCCUGCGCCCAACUUUAGUCAACUUCUGCCGUGAAGGCCGCAUGCCUAAUACUCUCGACCAUCCAAGUACCGGAGAGCAACAUACAGCCCUAGAAAGCAAAAUCUCGCUAGAUUUCAGUCUAAGCUGUUCAACCUAUUGCGUCGAAACGGCAAUCGAAUUAUCACAUCUAAUGAACGAAAUCUCCAGAACAGAACUAGCCAGCGUUUGGUGGUAUAGUAUUUUCUAUACCUUCACUGCGGGGGUCGUUCUCAUCCUCGCCCAAACAUCCUCCGCCCUAGAACCCAACUUCACCAAACAGCGCUUACACGAUGCCUGGCAGAGCUGCACCGAUUGUCUAGAGACCAUGGGGUCAUAUAGCAGCACUGCUCACGUUUACGCUGACUGUCUUCGCAAGACACUCUCUCAAUCGCUGCAUGAAGGCAGUGGGAAUGUCUCGUCCACCCAGGAUGUAACAUCCCGGCCUGGAACCGCGGAUCUGGGUCCACCUGAUUGUUUCGUCGCGGACCCGGUCGUUGAUCACCUGCCUUUCGGUACUGAGUCUUCAAAUGGCACCUGGGGUGGGAAUGACCUUGCGGGUUCCCUGCUGGAAAUGAUGUGGGAUGAUUCUUGGUUGACGGCGCCGACUCUUGUCUGAUUAGCCUUGAGGGCCGGCCUGGCUGAAUUAAAUAAUAAUUCUGUUCAGACUGACUUUUCUUGCUAGUUCUUUUGUGAUUAGCAUGAGUUGUAGAAGUAG